CUUUUGUAUAAUUGAAUAUGAUUGAACUGAAUUAAAUUGAUUUUUAUCUUUAUCGUAAUAAAACUUAUUAACAAGUCUCAACGUACUUCUUCUAUCUAUUUUAUUUCAUUACUCUUUUUAUUAUUUUAUUUUUAUUUAUUUUUUAUUAUAUUCUUACCUGUAAACUACAACACUUUCUUCAUAUUUUUUUUCCGUUUAUUACAGCCAUGUCUUCCAAACAUCCCAAUGUAUCUUGUGAUUCAUGCAAUGAAAUCUUUAAACAUGCUAUACAGUUAAAAGGCCACCAUAAAAACUAUCAACAAAGUCCAAUUGUUAUCAACUAUACCAAUUAUGAAGGGGAAUCAAAGACAUUGACAUUGGAUCGAGACAAAGAUGUUAAUUUCAUUUGUCUAAUAUGUUCUCUUGAAUCAAAAACGAGCUCUGGGUUUCAUUCUCACUUCUCACAUCAAAAAGGUAACUGUGCCCCAUACUUGACAACUUUACAAAUCUACAUUGAUGGAGCUAUGUGUCAAAUGAAACCGUCUUUUCAUCGAAAGUACAGAUGUAUAAUAUGCAAUGUGGACAUCAAGGAACCAAAAGAGCAUUUUAAAAGUCAGCACAUCAAUUACAAUGUCUAUAUCAAAGAAGUUGGAGAAAAACGAAAGAUUGGUACUCCAACAUAUAAUGAUUUAUUCUAUGAUCGAGAUAAGGAUUUUAAACGAAUCAGGGCGGAACCACUUAUGAAAGCCUUUGGUUUAGAUUUGAUCAAUAUUGACUUAAAACAUAACCAAAAUUCAUUCAAAACCACUGCAUUGAUUAAUGAAAAGACAUUUAGGUCACUAAAACGAUCAUCGUUAUCUACUGAAAGCAGCUUAGAUGCAAGCAUGACAUUCCCAAAUAAUGAAUUACAGUAUCCAGAAACGUUUACAGUAUGUGGCCUUCAGAAAAAUAUCAAAAUAGCAAUUUCUCAUGUGCCAAUGAUAUUCUAGGGCCAUACGUAGAGUUAAACAAUGACAUUGAAGAAAAAAUUGAAGAUUUGGAUUUGAAUCAUAUUGUUAACAUCUUCACAGGAUCAAUCAU